CGAUAUCGGAAGAAACGUAAGCGACCCAGGGCUAAAAGCUGCCACCAGAGGUCCUGGGUCACGUGGGGUGUGCUCACGUGACUAGAGGCCUGCGUCCAACAUGGCGGCCUCCAUAGGUCGCUGGCUUCUCUUCCUCAUUGUACUGCGCAGCUUCCUCGGCGAGGCGUUCGGCGCCCUCGGCUCCGGGUCCUCCCGCGACGACGACUUGCUGCUGCCGUACUCGCGCGCGCGGCCGCGCUCCGUCCGGGACUGCACGAGGGUGCGCGCUGGCAGCCGCGAGCACGAGAGCUGGCCGCUGUCCCCCGUGACCCCUGGCGCCCGCGGCCCCACCGUGCGCACCUUCGUCUCGCACUUCGAGCACCGCGCGGUGGCCGGCCACCUGACGCGGGCCGCCGAACCCCUGCGCACCUUCUCGGUGCUGGAGCCCGGCGGGUCCGGCGGCUGCGCGUCGAGGCGCCGCACCACGGUGGAGGAGACGGCGCGGGCUGCCGGCUGCAGCGUCGCUCAGAACGGCGGCUUCUUCCGCAUGGACACGGGCGAGUGCCUGGGGAACGUUGUGAGCGACGGGCGGCGGGUGAGCAGCGCCGGGGGGCUGCAGAACGCGCAGUUCGGGAUCCGCCGCGACGGGACCCUGGUUACCGGGUACCUGUCUGAAGAGGAAGUGCUGGACACUGAAAAUCCUUUUGUGCAGCUGCUGAGUGGGGUUGUGUGGCUGAUUCGUAAUGGAAGCAUCUACAUCAACGAGAGUCAGGCAGCUGAGUGCAAUGAGACACAGGAAACAGGUUCCUUCAGCAAAUUUGUGAAUGUGAUAUCGGCCAGGACGGCUGUGGGCCACGACCGGAAGGGGCGACUGGUGCUCUUCCACGUGGAUGGGCAGACAGAGCAGCGGGGCAUUAACCUGUGGGAGAUGGCGGAGUUCCUGCUGAAACAGGAUGUGGUCAAUGCCAUCAACCUGGAUGGAGGGGGCUCUGCCACCUUCGUGCUCAAUGGGACCUUGGCCAGUUACCCAUCCGAUCACUGCCAGGACAACAUGUGGCGCUGUCCCCGCCGCGUGUCCACUGUGGUGUGUCUGCACGAGCCCCGCUGCCAGCCACCUGACUGCAACGGCCACGGGACCUGCGUGGAGGGGCGCUGCCAGUGCUCAGGGCACUUCUGGCAGGGUGCCGCCUGCAACGAGCUGGACUGCGGCCCUGCCAACUGCAGCCAGCACGGGCUCUGCACAGAGACUGGCUGCCACUGUGAAGCUGGAUGGACAGGGUCCAACUGCAGUGAAGCUUGCACCAAUGGCUCCUUUGGGGAGGAAUGUGCCAAGAAGUGCCAGUGUCAUAAUGGAGCCACCUGUGACCCAGUUCAGGGGACCUGCACCUGUCCCCCUGGCUUCACUGGAGACACCUGUGUGCAGGAAUGUCCCCUCGGCUGGUACGGGCCAGGCUGCCAGAGCCCUUGCAAGUGUGAGCACCAGUGUCCCUGCGACCCCCAGACUGGCAACUGCAGCCUCGCCAGGGCACCCACCUUGACCAGCAUCCUCUCACAAGUGAAGCAGUGUCUCCUGCCACCCGAGGCCACCCUGAAGGCAGGAGAACUCUCCCUCUUCACCAGGACCACCUGGCUGGCCCUCACCUUGGCCCUGGUUUUCCUUCUGCUGAUCAGCGCAGCAGCAAACGUGUCAUUGUUCCUCGGGUCAAGGACAGAGCGGAGGCGGCACCUGGACGGGGCCUACGUGUACCACCCACUGCAAGAGAUGAAUGGGGAGCUCCUAGCCAGUGAGAAGGAGCAGCUGGGUGACACCUGUAACCCCUUCAAGGACUGAAACCUCCAGCUGCCCAUUAUGGCCUGUUCUGGAGUCUUGUUUCUACGAGCUCUGGCUUCUACAGGGGAAAUUACAAGGCCACUGACCAUCUGGGUGGCCUCGGCCAGGCUUCUGACAGCAUCCAUGCUUCAGCCCCUCACCUGGUCGCCAGCAGUGGCAUGUGCAAUGCUAGCAAUACAGCACUCCCCGGAGAGACGGCCCUCUUCCCUGCCUGCCUGUGUCUGCUACUCAAGAGGCUUGUCCCGCUAGGGCCCACCCCACUGCCAAAGAGCCUGCCCCGGCCUCCUGGGGGAGGGGCCGAUAGCAAAUGGGACCGACGAUGGCCAAGUGGCAGGGUCCAGCCAGCCCCCUUGGACAGGGUGGAUUGAAGAGAUGAUGGCCCCAUCAUGGGACCCUUUUUUUUUUUUUACGGACCUCAUUGAAUUUGCCAAUUAGAACUCUUUCCUGUCACAAGAAGCUCCUUGGAAUCAUGUUUACAGGCUCGCUAUUUUGUCCUGCCUCCAAGAGGGUUUUUCUACCACUUGAAUAAACUGAUACAGUUAAAGGA